UAAGAUUAGUUGGUGGCCGGUUUUUCUCUGAUGCUCCGAAUGCGAAUCGGUCACGCCCUCUUCCUUUUCAGUCAGUGAAGCGAACAGAAACAAUGGCGUUGCACGUGCCAAGAGCGCCCGGUAUGGCGCAAAUGCUGAAGGAUGGCGCCAAGAUGUACAGUGGCCUGGACGAGGUGGUGUACCGCAAUGUGACAGUUUGCAAGGAGCUGGCACACGUCCUGCGCAGUGCUUAUGGUCCAAACGGCAUGAACAAAAUGGUAAUCAAUCACCUGGAGAAGCUGUUCGUGACCAACGACGCCGCCACCAUCAUCAAGGAGCUGGACGUGGAGCACCCAGCCGCCAAAAUGGUUGUGCUCGCUUCGCAGAUGCAGGAGCAGGAGAUCGGCGAUGGCACCAAUUUUGUCAUUGUUUUUGCUGGAGCCCUCCUUGAGGCUGCCGAGGAUCUCUUGCGAAUGGGUUUGACACCAACAGAGGUGGUGGAAGGCUACGAAAUGGCGCUGGAGAAGGCAUUGGAAAUUCUCCCCACGCUUGUAUGCAAAGAGGUUAAGGAUCUGAGGGACCACGCUCAGGUGGCUGAGGCGAUGAAGGCUGCUAUUGCCAGCAAACAGUUUGGCCACGAAGACUUCCUCACCGACUUAAUCACCAAGGCCUGCGUCUCCAUCUUGCCAGACAGCACCACAACCUUCAACGUGGACAACGUUCGCAUCUGCAAAAUCUCAGGCUGCGGCAUUUUCUCGUCCCAAGUGGUGCCUGGAAUGGUGUUCAAGCGCUUUGUUGAAGGCAAUGUCUCCAAAAAGACUAAUGCCAAGAUUGCGCUCUACACCUGUCCUGUGGACAUCAUGCAGACUGAAACUUCCGGCACAGUUUUAAUUAAAUCAGCAGAUGAGCUGAAAUCGUUCAGCCGUGGUGAGGAGUCGCAGCUGGAGGACCAAAUCAAGGCGAUCAAGGAGUCUGGUGCAGAUGUCGUCGUCGCCGCUGGCAAGUUUGGCGACAUGGCGCUCCACUACCUCAACAAGUACGACAUCAUGGCUGUCAGACUGACCAGCAAGUUUGAUCUGCGCAGGCUGUGCAAGGCUACCAGCGCUACUGCUCUUCCACGACUGACGCCCCCUAACAAGGAGGAAUUGGGCUUUGCUGACUCGGUCCUUGUGGAUGAAGUUGGAGACACUGGAGUGGUUAUUUUCAGGAUGGGUGAAGGUGGAUCAAGGAUUUCCACAGUUGUUGUCAGGGGUGCCACUGAUAACUUCAUGGAUGACAUUGAGAGGUGCAUUGACGAUGGAGUCAACACUUAUAAGGGCCUUACGAAAGACAACAGGCUGGUUCCUGGUGCAGGUGCAGUAGAAGCUGAACUCAGCCUGCAGGUUGGUCGCUUUGGCGAAGCACGCGCUGGUUUGGAGCAGUAUGCUAUCCAGAGAUUCUCAGCGGCUUUGGAGGCGCUACCCAAGGCGCUUGCUGAAAAUUCAGGAGUCAAGGGUACGGAGCUGUUGGCCAAGCUGCAGGCUGCCCACGCUCUGGGCCAGUCGGCCAGCGGAAUCGAUGUUGAUACGGGAGACCUUCUCAAUGCGACCGAGGCCAAGAUCUUCGAUCUCUUCGUCACCAAGUACUGGGGACUUAAGUACGCGACUAAUGCGGCGUGCACCGUGCUUAAGGUCAACCAGAUCAUCAUGGCCAAGAGAGCUGGUGGGCCUGCCGCCAGGGCACCUGGUGGCCAGGACCAGGAUGAUGACUAGAUUAAAAUUUUCUUUUUGCCCGCCGUGCUGCACAUUUACAAGAGAAUCUUCAAAGACAUUCUGUUCAAGCCACACUUAUUUGCAGGCCUAUUUUAUAAUUUAUUAAUAUUUCCAAUGAGAUAUGUUUUCAGCUGUGCAGAGACACUGUGAAUUUUUCCGUCAUAAUAAACUCUGGAAUAACAAAAAAA